AUGGCACGAAGACGAACUAAGAAGCGCACUCAUGUCGGUGCCAAUAAUGGACCAGCUGGAGCAAAGUCAGCUCCUGCUAGUCAGACUUCACGAUCCCCGAAAAGCAUGGUGAUUCGAGCUGGAGCUGGAGAAGUUGGACCAAGUGUUAGUCAAUUGGUGAGGGAUGUUCGACGGAUGAUGGAACCAGAUACGGCAUCGAGAUUGAAGGAGAGAAGAGCAAACAGAUUGAGAGAUUACCUUACAAUGGCAGGCCCUUUGGGUGUCAGUCAUCUCAUGUUAUUCUCAAGGUCGGAGGCUGGAAAUACAAACAUGCGACUUGCUCUUACACCAAGAGGUCCAACAUUACAUUUCAAUGUAGAGAAAUAUUCUUUAUGUAAGGAUGUGAGAAAAGCAUUAAAACAUCCCAAGGGUGGUGGAAAAGAAUACACUACUCCUCCAUUGCUCGUUAUGAACAAUUUCAUAUCUCCUGCAUCAGAAUCGAGUUCCGACAAAAAGAUACCCAAACACCUCGAAUCGCUUACAACCACCAUCUUUCAAUCUCUUUUCCCACCAAUCUCUCCCAAUAUUACACCUCUAACAUCCAUCCGCAGAGUUAUGCUUCUCAAUCGAGAACCCACCAAAGAUGAAGAUGAUGGCGCCUAUACCAUCAACCUUCGUCACUAUGCAAUCACAACGAAGCGAAUAGGUCUUUCAAGACCAUUAAGACGAUUGAAUGCUGCAGAGAAAUAUUUACAAUCAAAAAAUCCAAGGAAAGGUUUGCCAAAUCUUGGAAAGUUGGAAGAUAUUGCCGACUAUAUGGUUGGAGAAGACGGUGCUGGAUAUAUGACGGAUGCUACAAGUGGAAGUGAGGUUGACACUGAUGCGGAAGUCGAGGUAGUUGAGACACGCACUCGCAAGAUACUCAAUAAACGCCAAAAGGAAAAGGCUCGUGAUGGACAAGCCAAGGGUGUCAAAAGUGGUGCUGAAAAACGGGCCAUCAAAUUGGUGGAAUUAGGACCAAGGAUGAAGCUAAGAAUGACAAAGGUCGAAGAAGGCGUAUGUGAUGGAAAGAUUAUGUGGCACGAAUAUAUUCAUAAAUCCAAGGAAGAAGUCAAAGAAAUGGACAAAGUCUGGGAGAAGAGAAGGCAAGAAAAGGCACUACGCAAGAAGAUACAAAAAGAGAAUGUUGAGAGAAAGAAGAAGGCUAAGGCUGGUAAUAAGAAGGGUGGCGAGGAUGAUGACGAAGAUGAUGAUGAGAUGGAUGUAGAUGAAUGGGAUAGUGAAGGUCUAGAAGGGGAUGGAGAGAUGGAGCUGAAUGAGGAGAUGGAGGAGAAAGGAGAAUGGGAAGACCAGGAAGAGGAGAUUGCUGCUGGUUGA